AGCCGAUGCAUCCACCAUGGCCUCCAACGUCCCUAAAUUCACGAGUUUCCGACCAAAACCCAAAGAACAGUUGCCCAAGGCCCAUGGAACAGAGGAUAGAAUUCCAAGAAGUUCCCAGAGGCAUGAGAGAAACGACAAACAUGACAGACGUGAGAAGCCGCUGCUGGCGAGCUCCAGGAAUAAGUCGCCCGGCCACGUACCUACUGAGUCUUCUCGAGCACCUUCAAAGCAGCAGUCGACGACCCCAUACUUUGUGGACGCCAGAGGCGAUCGUGCCAAUCUCACAUAUGGGAGUUUGAACCGUUACGAUACUCCCCCUUACAGGCGUUACGGCUAUGGAUCCAUUCUAGGUCUCCCACCUGAUCACAGGAUUGAUCGAGAUCGAAGCUCAACAAACCGGAUUGUCGUAACUGGGCCGACGUCUAUGCCUCGUGACCGGGUUUUGACUUCCCCGUACGCUGCCAGAAAAGUGAAUGGCCCAGUACGCUUAGUGAGAGUUGAUCCAACUUCGCGGGUUGAUGAAGAUGCCGAGUUCAUUGAGAUACCAAGGGGCAAAAAGAGAAAACGAGGAUCUGAUCAUGAUAUGCAAGCGUCGGACCGCCGGUCGUGGGAGCUCCAAGGCGGAGGAAACUCGUCGGAUUCCGCCUCGGACUCGGAUGCCAGCCAGGAGGUCCAGCCGGACCCGAUAAUGUCAGCCAUCACGCAGAGGAACUCCAUGCUUAUCCAGCGAACGCGCAAUCAGCCAAACGAUCUCCAAGCCUGGCUCGACUUGGUUGAUCAUCAAGAAACGAUGAUGAAGCUGGGCCGCGAAUCGUCAGACCUGAGCACCACAGACCGAAGGAGCCUCGCCGAGGUGCGCAUCUCCACAUACGAAGAAGCCAUCCAGAGAAUCGGCAAUGUUACAGAGGACCUGGUGGUCCUUCAUCUCGGUUUGAUGUCAGAAGCUUCCAAGGCGUGGGAUGCCAGUAGACUCGAAAAGAAAUGGGCCGAGAUUCUUAACAGAUUCCCUGCCAAUCCCGAUAUCUGGAUCCGAUACCUAGACUUUCAACAAACCCACUUUGGUGGGUUCAAACAUGACAAUUGCCGAGACACUUUCCAUCAAUGUCUGAAGGCUCUUCGCCAUAGCUCAGCCGAUGUCGCCCCAGAGGUCUAUCUGCACGUUUUGGUCCGCCUCACCGACAUGAUCCGCAGCAGCGGAUACCAAGAGCUUGCCCGGGCGAUAUGGCAGGCGUUGCUGGAAUUCCACUUGCUGUCACCUGAUGUCGCAAAAUCAGGGGACCGCAGUUCCGCCGUGUCAUCAUUUGAAGAGUUUUGGGAGAGCGAAAUUCCACGCAUUGGGGAGGAGAAUGCCACGGGAUGGAGGAACCCCAGCUCCGGCGACGUGUGGCCUUCAAGCCCAGUUCCUUUACCGUUAAAGCCCGAGGACCGAUCAAUUCCUGUUUUUGAGGAUUUUCGGCUCAGAGAAGUCGAGCGUAUCGAGAAGCUAAACUAUCCUGGGCGAAUGGCCGACGAUAUUGGUGACGACCCUUUUCAUGUCAUUCUCUUUUCUGACAUCGCGGAAUAUCUACACAUACUCCCUCCUAAGACAUCAGAAUUCUUGAUCAUAGAUGCCUUUCUCUGCUUUUCACAUAUGCCUCCUCUACAUGGGCUUCUUGAUGGCGGGCAACGCCGGUGGUGGCUUGAUCCAAUCAUGAAGCGGGAGUCAGUAUGCCUUCAGUCCGCCGCUCCUCAAAACAGUUCUUUUGUGGAUGGUUUCAGGGUAUUCUCGGAUUGCCCCGGUAGCUACAAGAUGACACUGGACCUCUUGUUUGAUCGGGGCUUUUCCAAAACUGGCCAAGCCGAAUAUCCCGAUGAAAGUAAACCUGCAGCACACAUAACCUUCGUUCGACGUGCGUUGACCCUCUUAGCGAAGGAGCAGGCCUGCAUUGAAACAAUUGGCGAAUACUUGCUCGCAUUUGAGCGAGCGCAUUUCCCCAACGAGGUGUCCAAGACAGCGAAACAGUUGAUCAAGAGUAUGCCCACGUCUCUACGUCUGUAUAACGCAUAUGCUCUCGUGGAGGCAAGACAAGGGGAUAGCCGAAGAGCAGAACAGGUUUGCCGAGCCGCCCUAUCAAUGCAUAAGGAUGCCACGCUUCUGGACGUUCGCGGGCUGUUGCCUCUGUUCCACACUUGGGUUUGGGAGGCGCUUCGGUGCAAUAACCAGCUGGAAGCACUGUGGCGACUUGUUUCUCCUCCUGACAGAGGGCAAACCACUGCCAGACCGGAUGCUGCUGCUCUACGCCGGCCAGAUCAGCCAUGUCUUCUCCGUGGCCACAGACUCCUCAACGAGGCCAAUGACCGCGCUCUCUUGGGUCGAGAUUUUCCUUCCGCCAUUCUCGCCACUUCACUCCUUGCCUUCCUUGUCUAUUUGUCGAAAGAUGGAGACAUUGGAGCUUCUCUUGCCGUUCACGAAAACCUAUCUGAAUGGUUUCUAGACCAUGAUCUUUCCAAGCACGAUGCAGCGGAGCUGCAUGCUCAAUUCAUUGCCAGCCUCCUCGUUUACCACGCCACCCACGCCCCGAUCAUCAGACCAGCAUUAUUGCGCGAGACCCUUCGUCCUUUCCUGGGCGACUUCCCCAACAACACAGUUCUAUUGUCAGUGUAUGCCGCAAAUGAGGCUCGCUUCGCGAUUGAUGACCGCGUCCGUGCAAUCAUGCACCAUAGCAUUCUCGGGGACCCAGACAGCACUCUUCUGACGACGUGGCUAUUUGCAAUCUUCCACGAGAUGCGCAGAGGCGAAACCGCCGGAUCUACGAGUCAUUCGGUGCGUGCCUUGUUUCGUAAAGCGGAAGCAACAGAAGCAGGACACUCCCCUGCACUCUGGUAUAGCUACAUUCUCUUCGAGGUCCGCGAAUACAAUGCAGAAUCAAGAAAGAGGCCGUUCCAGGGACCACGACGGGAUAGGAAGAGGAGCAAACACGAAACCUUACUGGAGGAGAGCCAUCGCCGAGUGAGAGAGACCUUUUUCCUUGGCUUGACGCACCUUCCUUGGUGUAAAGAGUAUAUGAUGCUGGCAUUCACUCUUUUGAAGGACUUCUUGGAUGACGAAGAAAAGAAGAAAGUGUACAAUGUGAUGAUAGAGAAGGAACUGAGGAUAUACGUGGAGGUAGGCGUUUGAUACCCUCUGAACUGUAGUUAAGCCACCCAAUAUCAAUGUCAAUAUAGCGACCGAA